CACUUCAGGGAGCUGUCACAGGAAAUUGAACGACUCAAGAGCCGCCUUGAACAGCUGGAGGUCGUGGAGGGGGAUUUGAUGAAGACGGAAGACGAGUACGACCUCCUGGAGAAGAGGUUCAGGUCUGAGCAGGACAGAGCCAGCGUCCUGUCCAAACUGCUGGAGGACACCAGAAGCCAGCUAGUCUGGAGCAAGAAGGUUGAGAGAGGAGAAGCCACCAGUUUGGAAGCCGAGCUGAGACAUCGCUGCAAGACCGAGGAAGCUCGAUCCAGAGGGCUCCAGGCCGACGUCCAGGCCCUGAAAGAGAAAAUCCACGAGCUGAUGAACAAGGAGGACCAGCUGUCCCAGCUUCAGGUGGACUUCUCCGUCCUGCAGCAGAAGUGUCUAGCGGAGGAAGGGACGAGCCGGAGACUGAGUCAGGAGGUACACCACCUCAGCAAGGAGCUGGAAGCCACCAAGCGCUACAGUCGUGUGAUGAGACCUGGGACCAACGGCAGCAGGAUGGUGGACGUACCGGUGACGUCCACUGCAGUCCAGACCGACAUGGCUGCCGGCAAUGACGAGGACUCCACCGCCGGAUUCAUCAGACAAUCGGUCCAGGAGGAGAACCGCUUCAUGAACAAUCUCAGACAUCAGGACCUCAUGAGGCCGUCCGUCCUGGACCGAUACCCUGCAGCUUCGGCAGACGGGCCCACACGGCAGCCAUGGACGCCUUGGAGCAGCUGGAAGGAGGACAGCGCUCCGGAGAUGUUCCGAAGGCCGGGAAAACCUCUCCACAUCCGCGUGACGCCGCACCAUGCGAACAGCACAGCUACUCUGGAGAUCACCAGUCCCAGAGGGGAGGACUUCUUCUCCAGCACCACCAUCAUACCUACCCUGGGACAUCAGACGCCUCGCAUCACCAUAGUCCCAAAAGCUACAAGUGUGUCCUCCAAGAUUCCAGACCCACCGGGGCACCUGACGCGGGUCAACUCCCCGGUCACCAUAACCACCAUCUCCAGAGCCAAAAGUCCAGUGAAAAAAAGCGGCAGCCGCACAGAGCUCCUGCAGUCACCAGUCUCCAUCAUCACAGUCAGCACAACCCCCGUCUCCGAGGUGUGUGAGUCACCGGACCCUCACCAAAACCCCGCAGGCAGGACCGUGAUCAAGAUGACCCCAGAGAGGCAGUCCGCCGCCAGACCUGGGAGGACGUGCAGCAGCAGCAGCAGCAUCGUCACAACCGAGGAUAACAAGAUCCACAUCCAUCUGGGUCCACAGAUGAAGACCAGUGGUCAUCCUGCGCCUCUCCAGCCGCUCAGCCCGGAAACGAGUCCCAGCUCAGCGCAGAUACCCUCGCUGAAGACGGCGCUGGCCAAGAUGAAGAGCAGUAUCAUGAUCACGCCUGUCUCUUCAGCUGCAUCCAGACCGGGUCCGCCAGUGCUCGCUCCGGACGCGCGUCCCUCUCGAAGCGGCGCCACUCAGAUGCCGCUGGCAUGGAGCUUGAAGCCGGGAGGCGUCACCAAAGCGGUGCUGGGUGUCUCCACGCUGACCAGAGUCGAGGCCCGGACAGAAGGUCAGUCGAUGAAGAUCGAGCUGAAGAGUCCAACGUUGCUUGGCCAAGUGGGCAAGACCUGAUGGAGGUAACCCGCCUCUGCCGCCACACUACAUCCCAAGCUGCAGCUUCCUGGAGCUGGUCUGGGAGCCGAGUUGCACUGCACGCUGCUCACCAUCGCUCGGGAGGAUUCAGAUUCAAGCUGUAAUAAAUGUGUUUAUCUGACUGGUAGCCUCACUUUUGUCCUCUCUGCCUGGAGGGGUGGUGGUUCUGAGUCUUGAGUCUGAGGAUGAAGACCCUCAUCACUUCCUGGUUCAGCAUGUGACACGAGAACAACGGUCUUGUCCCAGUGUAACGUUUCCAGCUUUCAUUCACUUCCCAAAGCAGUGGAAUGUAAAUGAAUGGCCCGAUUAACUGCUUUUUUUCUGAAGUCAACUGUAUUUUCAGAGGCACUUGAACGCGCCAUCUGCCAUUCGGCGUUUGAGAUGCGCAGUGGAAGGUACCGCCUUCCUUUUCCACUGAUUGGCUGUAGGAGCAUUAGCCACGCCCUUCUACUUCCGGCCCAAGCUGCAACUACUUUCCAGUCGAGGGUUUCGCGUUUUUUUUAUUAUGACUAAAUUAUUAAUGAAAGCGAAAAUAGCUUUUCUUGGUAGAUUGAAAGGUCAGCGCUUUAAAAUUUGUAAUAUUUAGCAAUACUACUCUACUACUCAGCAUACUUCUUUUAGUGAAUAUAAAAUAAUAUGAUGA